UCCCCACUUUAAAUGAAGGUGAGCCGGUGAGCUCAACCCAUCCUGCACCGAUAUUUAGUUCUCACGUGUUGUGCGUAAUCUCGCAGUCCUCGGCGCCUCGCGAUGUCCAAAGGCAAAAAUUACAGCAGCCAGUCGUACACCCCCAGCGGUAGCUCGACGCCAGACCGAAGCAACCCGAGAAACAACGUUUCCUCGGUGGGCAAGUUCAGGGAGAAGGACGACAUGGUGGGACUCAAUGACAAGUUCGUCAGGUUGAUUGAAAAGGUGAAACACCAGGAGGCUGAAAACAAAAAACUGGACACAAAGUUGAAGAUCCUCCAAGGCCAGGAGGCUUAUGAGGGCAAAAUUGAGGGCGUGGUGAAGCAACUGGAGGAGGAACUGAAGCAACAGAUUGACAAAUUACUUAGUGACCAUGCGAAACUGGAGGAUGAGCUCUUUCGGAAUCAGGAGGAGGUGGAGAACAGCAAGAAGAGGUAUGAGGAUGAGUUGCUGAAGAAAGCCGAACUGGAGAAUGAAUUUAUAGUCACCAAAAAGGAUGCUGAUGAAGGUCACUUGGAAGCUGUCAAUUUGGCUCUGGAAUUGGAAGAUCUGAUCGGCCAGCUGGAUUUCCUCAGGGUCGGCUAUGAGGAGGAGAUCAAAGAGCUGGAAUCUCAAAUCCAUAACGAGACAGUGGUCAUACGAGAAAACAGCAAGCGGUUUCUGGACAUGAAUGAGAUUGUCGAGAAUGUCAAGAGUCAGUACGCCAACAUCGCUGCUCGCACCAGGGAGGAAGCCGAGCACUGGAACCAGAAGAAUAUGGAUGUGAUGGUUUUGAAAGCGGGCCAGCGAGAGCAAGAAUUGAGGGAUAUACGGAAAGAGAUCUCAGACAUGGUGCGCUUAAUCCAGAGGCUGAAUGGAGACCUGGAUGCUCUCAAAAGAAAGGAAGAGUCUCUGAAGAAAGACAUCAAUAAUGCAAUCAUGGAAGGCGACGAAAGCUUGGAGAGGGCCAGCAAGGACAUCGCCCAGCUGGAGGAGGCCCUGAAGCGCGCCAAGCACGACUUGGCCGGCCAGAUCCGAGAGCACCAAGAGCUGAUGAACCUCAAGCUGGCCCUGGAUAUUGAGAUCACCACCUAUCACAAGCUGCUGGAAGGCGAGGAGCUGAGAAUGAACAAACUCAUACGUACCUCAGACCUUCAGCGCCUUCCCCAGCGAGGAGCACGUGAGAAGCCGCAAGCCCCAAAACCAACCACUAUCAUCACACCUUACCUCAUCCAAGCAGCAAGUCCCCAAGCCGAGAGACGGGUGCUCAUCAAGGUGCACGUGGAGGCAGGGAGAGUGGUGGCCCAAAGUUCCCAUUACACAGAUGAUUACAAGAGCCCAGAAUGAAUCAGGGAAUCAUCAUGCAUCAGUGUCGUGCUAAGAAAUCGGAUGGACAUUUUUGGGAGCAUUUUUUUUAAACAUAUAAUGUCAUCGGGAGUUUUUGCUUCAUAAAUAAGAAAAAAAAAUAUGUGUUCAGUUCUAUUAAUUUUGGCAGUAAGGCAGUAUUUGUUUAUGAUUAUGAUUGAUUUGGCAAAAUGUGGAAUAUGGCUCUAAUAAGUCUUUGUGACAUGUGUUCUUCCAGUGUGGAAAACAUAUUUGUACAUGGACUAAACAUGCUGGAGGAACACCCAGAUCCCAUGAGGGUAUCCCAUCUCUCCUCACGCCAUGCAUAAUUUCAGACCUUGUUUGCGACUAAUUUCAUUAAAGUCUGCCCUUUCUCCUCGGUC